GGCAAUUUCGUAAACGCCACUUUCUUCAAUUUUUUGACCUCAAUACACGCCAAAAUUCCCUUCAAGUUUCCAAUCAUUAGUACCCAAAAUCCCAUAAUUUCCCAAUCUUUACUUCAAUUAUCACAACCCCAGAUCAAAAUCUUGACAAAAUUAGCCAAAAAUUGCAAGUUCUAUGUAGUAAUUCCAUGUUAAAAUCUCCCAAAACCCCAUAAAUUCACAAUCUUCACUUCAAUUAUCACAACCCCAGAUCAAAAUCUUGAUAAAAUUAGCCAAAAAUUGCCAGUUUUAUAGUUUUUAAAAUCCCCAAAUCCCAUAAAGUUACAAUCUUUUCUCCAAAUCUCAGUACCCCAGAUAAUUUUUUGACAGAAAGUUGCCAGUUUUAGAGUUCUUUUUGUACCAUGUGUCCUGAUUCAAACUAUAAUAUUUGAUGCCUAAAAAAACCCAGUUCAGUAUAAGCUCAUCUGAUUCAGAUUCCCCAAGAAAAAAUCUUGGUUCUUCUGUUUCUACAGAGCCAGGACCAGGACCAAGCAGUAGUAGUAGCUGUAAGGUUAAUAAAUCUUCUGUUUGGUCUGGUUUAUUGGUUUCUCCUUUUUCAAUAUUUGAUAGUGAGCCAAAAGGGUGUUUGAAAAAAGGGGAAUUUUGUUGUUCAAAGAAGUAUAAUGGUAUUGUUGGCAUUGGUUGGACUAGUGCUGUGAAGAAAAUGAUAAACAGUGGCUCAAUGAGGAGGAUUUUUGGGAUGGACAAAACCGGGAUUCCCAAUGGGUCUAAGAGUGAUAUUUGGCUUUUGGGUGUUUGCUAUAAAGUUGUUCAAGAUGAUGAUUCAUCCAUAGAACCAACUCAAAGUGAAGGUUUUUCUGCUUUUGUUGAUGAUUUCUCAUCUAGGAUUCUUGUUACAUAUCGUAAAGGUUUUGCUCCUAUUGGAGAUACUAAAUAUACCAGUGAUGUUAAUUGGGGUUGCAUGCUUAGGAGCAGUCAGAUGCUUGUUGCUCAGGCUCUGCUUCUUCAUCGAUUAGGAAGAUCUUGGAGAAAAUCUUUGGACAAGGUACUCGAAAGUCAAAACACUGCAGUAUUUUCAGUUGUUAAAAUGCUCAAUUUCCAAUUUAAAACCACGAUAAUGCACAAUCAGCCGCUUGAUCAAAAUUAUGUGGAGAUAUUGCACCUUUUUGGUGAUUCUGAGGAGUCAGCUUACUCUAUCCAUAACCUCCUGCAAGCGGGCAAGACUUAUGGUCUUUCUCCUGGAUCAUGGGUGGGUCCAUAUGCAAUGUGUCGCACCUGGGAAACAUUAGCACGCAGCAAAAGAGAAGAAAUGGGCAAUGCAGACACGUCUUCAGCUAUGGCUAUCUAUGUUGUAUCUGGGGAUGAAGAUGGAGAAAGAGGUGGAGCGCCAGUGCUCUGCGUUGAGGACACUGUCAAGCAUUGUUCCGGCUUGUCAAAAGGCGAAGUUGGCUGGACACCUGUUCUUUUCUUAGUUCCAUUGGUUCUUGGACUUGACAAAAUCAAUUCAAGGUAUCUUCCUUUACUGGCAGCUACAUUUAGUUUUCCUCAAAGCCUUGGGAUCCUAGGUGGCAGACCUGGAGCGUCAACCUACAUUGUUGGCGUGCAAGAUGAUAAAGCCUUUUAUCUUGAUCCACAUGAAGUUCAGCCAGUUGUUGAUAUUAAAAUGGAUAGGCUAGAUGUUGAUACUUCAUCUUAUCACUGCAAUACUGUAAGGCAUUUUCCGCUGGAUUCAAUUGAUCCCUCCUUGGCUAUCGGAUUUUAUUGUAGAGAUAAAAGUGAUUUUGAUAAUUUCUGUAUACGAGCAUCUGAAUUAGUAGAUCAAUCAAACGGUGCUCCAUUGUUUACCAUUACUGAAACUCGUAGCUCUGCCACAUCAGUUGAGUAUAAUGACAGGUUGACUAGUGAUACUGGGGUCCCGGAACUGGACUCCUUCGAUGCUGUAGCCCCCGGUGAAUCAGAUGGUAGUAGUAGACCUGAAGAUGAGUGGCAACUCCUUUGAUUUGACAACACUUUUCAGGAUCAAACGUUGUGUAAAUAACUUCGUAGGUGAUCUACUUGAUUGCGUCCGUGGCCUUAAUGUGUCGCGACUUGUUUGAUGCAGACGAUUUCGGGUAAAAUUACUGCUGUAAGAUAGACAUACUUGUGUAGGAUUCAUCUCUUCUUUACACUUUGAUGUUGUCUAUAAAUUAUCCAAUUGAUUCGUUUUUUCUUAGUACACAAAUGCAGAAGAUUGAAUAGUUAUUCCUCUAA